UCACGUGCUCGAUUGGGGUUCCACGGUUAGGGAGCCUACCCCACGUGACUUCCAUGGAAACAACUCCCAAAUACAAGAAUAGCACAGAUCUGCCAGAACCCUGAUCAGUGGCUAUUUUUGGGCUAUUUUUGCUGCCACGGGGGAAAACUCGAGGGCGAAACACUGGGGGCGAAACAAAGUUUGGGAACGUUGGAAACAAAGUUGCCGUGUUACUGGCUGUGGCCGUGGAUGGUCCAGGCGCAUGUUUCAAGAUGCCAUGGUCGGGAGCUUGGAGGUUUCAUGGCACACGGACACUCUGGAUGCAGCUCGAUGAUCAGUUGUUGUUGAUAAGGCAUCGACAUCCCCAGAAAUUCCCAGCUCGUGGUCGAUGGGAAUCCGUGGUUGUUGCCGAAUCUCCAAAUGCCAUCCUCGAGACGUUAACAUCCAAACGUCUUCGAGAUGCGUCGUCCCACAACGCCCAUCCUAAUACUUCUCAUUUCGGCCAUCUCAUGGUCCCGCGCCGAGGAACUCAAAGCAAAGCACGUCCCCGCAGCGUGCGCGACCAUCUGCAACCCGGUCGUCCUCCUCAGCAACGCCUGCGAAGUUCACCUCGACGAGGGCCUGCUCCGGGCCAGGCAGCCAGGCCCGUCUUCAAGGCGGCGACAUGAACCCCGCCUCCGCGGACGGGACGACUCGCCCGAGGACAGGGCUGAGCGGUUCUGCAUGUGCCGGAACACGAGCUUCGACGUCGAGGGCGUGACGGGGCUAUGCGCGAGCUGCCUCCAGCAGAACGGGGACGAGGAUGCAGUGGAAGACAUCAACGAGAUCAUGUCCGAAUGCGCAUUCUCGUCGACGUCGUACGCACCGGCGGCUGCCACCGCUGCGACGGGCCUCACCAUUGUGGCUAUGAUUCCUACGCUCGCCGCGAAGCCGACAGCCCUGGCUUCUUCGUCCACGGGGGGCGGUCAGGGUGCUAAUGGCGGUGGGUUGGGCUCCAGUGCCAAUAGCUGGGGAGCCAAGGGGAUAAAAGUUGGCGAAUCGAGGAGUUUCUUGUACAUAUUAGUAGCUUCUGCAUUAGCGAUGGCGUUAUCAUGAUCAAAACAUUAAGGAAUAUCAUUAUUAUUUGGCUAUUGGGGAUGUACUUUGGUGCCUGUGGAUGUGCCUGCGGAUGUGCCUGCGGAUCAUCUGGUCCCUGUAUUGGUUGGUUGUGGG